AUGGGAAGUCUCUCUUCUUCAUGUAAAGUUUUUAUGCCCACAAAGGCCCCAUACAUGUAAUCCAUCCAUGUAGUAGCAAAGGUCAACGUGGAACCUCAUAAGCUGAAUAUUAAAAACAUAAUUUUUGAAGACACAAUAAUAACAAUAGUAAUUUUUAAUUUUGAGAAUACGUAGAAAUAAAAAAAUUUAUUUGACGAAUAGUUAAUUUUAUGUGCAGAAAAUUUUUAAUUAAUAAUGAAGCUACAUUUAAUUAAAGAAUAAUGUGCAUAGAUGAUAGAUAUUAAUCACAGGAGUCUACGUAUAUUUGUCAAAUUUCAUACAUUUGAAUAAUAUUAUUGUUCAUUUUCUUGUUUCAAUAAAAUUAAUAAAAUUAAUUUAUUCAUUUUAUUGUUGCAAGACUAGCAAAUAUAAAAUUAAAAUAAAUAAAAAACGAACACAUUUUAUGUACUUCAAUAUUCAUCAUAAUUCAUGA